AUGUUUGACAAGAAUGGAUAUGCUAAGGAAGCUCAUAGACAUAACCUUGCAAUGGAGAACCUAACAGCUGAAAGAGAGAAGUACCUUGAGGAAGUCACUGAUAGAAGAAAUAGAAUUGCCCAACUAAAUUCAGAACUAGCUGAAGCAAAUAGGGAUAUUAAUUCAACGAAUAAGUCAUUAGAACUCGUUAGAAGAAUCAAUGAGUUAACACGUAAGGCUAUGCCAAGAAAGCCGCAGUUGAGCAAUCACUACAAACCUAGCUCCGAGAUGGAAGAAUAUAUGGCAAUCUUUGGUUUAAUCACAGGUGGGGUGGUUGGAGGGGCAUCUUAUUUAAUGCUAUAAAAAAUACCGUAAAAAUUUUCACAUAUAUAGUAUAUAGAAAUGGAUUGGCUUCAAAUGGUAACACCUGAGGAAGUGGUGGCUCUAGGAAAAAGAGUGGACACUAUAGAAGAGUUAGAAGCCGCAGUUAAAAAGUAUGUGGAACUAAGAAUAAUAAGCAGACGUUUAAAUACACCACGAAAACCGGCAAGAAAUUUUUACACUAAUAGUAUAGGGAAAUGGAAUGGUUAAUAAUGGCAACGCCUGAGGAGAUAGUACGUGUAGGUAAAAAGGCAAAUACAAUGGAAGAGUUAGAGGCUGCUGUAAGGAAGUACGUAGAGGGUAGAAUAAAGAUAAAACAUACAUAUGAUCCAGUAUGUAGCGAAUGUGGUAGUAAGUCUAUUGUAAUAAUAGAUGGAGCAGAUACAUGCACACAGUGUGGUACUAGUGAUAUGAAUAACUUUACAUACUAUGUUAGUUACAACCACAACAAGGAUGACUACCUGAAAAAGAAGUCUUGUCAUAAUAGAGUCCGUUGGUUUGAGAGACACUUGUUCGAACAUGUUGCUUCUAGGGAUAGGGACACCAUAAGGGAGCAGUUUAGAAGCAUCGUAAGAUGUAUACAAAGACUUAGACUGCAAAGGGGGCGCAACAUAGUUAGAUACAAGUUUUACCUACUGAGGAUAGCCAGCAUGAAUGGUAUUACCUUAAGAAACCCUCCCGAGGACAUUAAGACUCAGAGAAUUGUGAACAUACUCGAGAACAGGUUGUAUGGAAAAGUUUUUGUUGAUCUUGGAUGGAAACCUGAGAAAUGUAAAUAUUAUGAUAACUGGAAAGUUAGGAAUACUUAA